AUGAAUAAUCGCGCAACUAUAGACGUCUUUUUCAAGAAUCAAAGAAAAAGAAAGAGUUUACACUUGAAGAUAAAACCAAAAAAUUCUUCGAACAUGAGUGUUGAAAAUCUCAAUAUGUCUGCACCGAUUGAGAUAAGCGAUGAUGAAGUUACUGUUACUGAUAAGAGCAACAAUAGUAUAAAUACUACAACACUGAAUUGCUCUGAUGCUUCGGAAGACACCGAACCAUAUUCACUAGACAGCUUCAUUCAAACACCAUCAAAAGCAAUAAAUAUAACAAAAACACCCACAAAAAAGUCUCCUAGUUCCACAUCGACACCAAAAUAUUUUUCUCCCUCUAAAAAACGCUGCGUUUCAUUAAAAACAAGCCCAAGAAAAGUGAAAAGAAAUUUAAAUUAUGCUUUAAAAGAUUCUAAUAUUGUAAAAGCAGAUGAAGAAAAUGAAUUUUAUAACUACACAGAAGGCUUAGAUGACAAUACUAAAUUUCUGUUAACAAUCAUAUACAACUAUUUACAAGACGAUUCUUUGAGGCCACUUUUAGAUGAAAAGUCUGCGGCGUUAUUAAAAAGCAGUCUUAAUGUGAUGAAACCAGGGAUGAGAAUUGUUUGUAGACUGUUCUGGCGACACGGGGUCUGGUAUAGAUUGGAAAAUAUUAAAAAGAUUGCUGAAAGUAAAUCAAAUAUGGAAUGUUCAACAAUUCAUGAGGUUUUGAAUUCAUUGAUAGAACAAGGUUUUUUGGAUGCCCUCAACCCUAAUGAUCAUCGAGACGUCUUAACUUUUGAUGAGCUCAUGGAUUUAUUGAAAGCCGACGAGUUGAAAGACAUAUGCAAGUGGUUUAAACUUAAAGUUACUAAAAAGGAUGAAGCAAAGAAUGCAUUGAAAAAGUUUUGCAAACAAAAAGUAACCAUUACAAGCUUCUUUGUGGGCGGGGGCAGCAGUGGUAAUGAAAACAGGGUUAUGAAAGCCUUAAAAACAAAAGUUGGUUGCUGUUAUAAACUCACAGAUCUAGCGAGGACGACUCUGAAGGAGCUUUAUAUUUUAAUGUACUUGGGUAUGGAUUACAAUAUAAUACGUGAAAAUCAGUUGGAAUUGACAUUACUUAAUGAGAAAAUUAAUAGAGAAACAUACCCCAUACCUAAAUGUAUGGUGACCGACAAUGCUAGUGUUGUAUUCAAAGAUAGGCAAGAGUUUGAAAGGUAUCUUCGCGCGCAUGACAUUUACGAAGAAUUCCUCGCGACAGUCGAAACUGUACCUAAGUGCGGGAUUGUCAAACGUGUUUAUGAUCUGUACAAUUCCAUUACGGACGAACAAAUGGAAAGUUUCACCAAAAAAUCUCAAUGGCUGCUACGCUUCACUCCACCGUAUAAAUACAUAAAGAUAUUAGAAGAAGGCAUACAAUAUUUAAAGAAAGAUAAAGUGACCGAAAACUUAGAUCUGGCUGUUAAAAUAUUAACGUUACUUAUAAAACAAAACGCAUUCAGACAACAUAAAAAAGCCGGUUGGUAUUCUGAAAAGGCGCUUAUUGUUGAUAAACUACUGUUAUGGCCUGACGAGGCUGCUUCAAUACUUUUGGAAGGUUUUGAAGCUGGCUUGCCAGAAGAAUCUCUGGAAGUUUUGAAAGUAAGAGCUAAAUUGCUGGUACAGAGAAAGACUAAUGGUGUUACCGAGAACUUGAAGCAGAAACUACAGAAAUAUAUAGAGUGUAACGAUGUAGUUGAGAAGAACAUAAGAGCUAACCAUAUAUAUAAAGUGCCCAUGUGUUCACCUGGAAGAGGGAAGAUCAAAUUUGAAACCCGAACGGAAAUGGGAGUGAAUAUACAAGAUGCUGAGGAAUAUUGUAUUGACUAUUACAUUAAUACAGGGAAAUAUACACAUGGUGGCCAUUGGGAAGGUCGUAUUUUAAUGACUAUAUUUUUCCUUCUAUUCUGGGACAUUAUAUACAAGUCGAUACAAGGACUUCAAGGCAUCUUCCUCUCACACUACCAAAUGUUCCCGCUAGAUAUGUUCACAGAUAGUUUCUACAGAAACAGAAAGACGUUGAUUGACGAAAAAUUAAAAGAAAUCAAGGAAUCAUCAACAGAAGAACUGAUUGAAAAGAUGGAAUCAGUGUGGAACAGUAGGCCGGAAAGUGAAUUAUCAGGCAUCAAUCGUUCUAUAACAUGGGCUCAGGUUGCUGGAGUGUGUACAUGUUUGGGUGGAGAGAGAAUAUCUUCUCUGGUGAGGAGGUUGGCUGUAACAGGGGGACGGACACAGAGCGGGGUACCUGACCUUACUAUGUGGAACGAAAAUACUAGAGAGAUAACAUUCGUAGAAGUGAAAACUGACACAGACAAGCCAUCAAUAAAACAGAUACUGUGGAUGCAUUACAUGAAGCAACACGAAGUUGACACGGAGUUCUGUUACGUCGGAGUUAACACUACGAGAUGUAAGGCAAGGAACAGGGAUUCAGAAAUAUAA